GGAAGUAGAGGCUGGCGGCGCGGCGGCGCGCCCGAAGGGUGGGCGGUGAGGUGGUGGCGGCUGCAGUGUGCCAGGCGCCGCCUAGGUGUGCCAGCGGCUGGGGAGUUGGCGGCCGGACGGUGGCCGCCGUGUGCUCACGGGUGAACGCGUGUUGGGAGCCAGAUGGCCUGAAUCUGUGUAGCUGCUCUGCCACUUUCUAACUCAUCAAUAUAGACAAGUUCCUUAAUCUCUAAAAACCACCACCCGUGUCAUGGAAUUUUAUCUGAUUGUGUAGAUCAGAUUUCUUUAUUCUGGGUAUCAUGGUAACAAUACAGAAAAUAUGCAUUACUUCUCAUUUCUGCAAAUAGUCUUCACUGCUGAAGAAAGAAAUUUUUAAAGCUACAACCAAAUUCAUUUUGGCACCUUUUAUGGAAAUCCUGAUUUUGUUUGUACUUUUUAAUAACCUUUUACUAAAGGUAUGAACAAGCAGAGAGCUUAUCUCAUUAGACAAGUCCACAUUAAUAAGAAUGCCUAGAAGAGGAUUGAUUCUUCAGACCCGGAGCCACUGGCUACUAUUGGGUCUCGCUUUACUCUGCAGUUUGGUAUUAUUUUUGUACCUUCUAGAAUGUGCCCCCCAGACGGAUGGAAAUGCAUCUCUCCCCGGUAUCGUUGGGGAAAAUUAUGGUAAAGAGUAUUAUCAAGCCCUCCUGCAGGAGCAAGAAGAACAUUAUCAAACCAGAGCAACUAGUCUGAAACGCCAAAUUGCCCAAUUAAAACAAGAAUUACAAGAAAUGAGUGAGAAGAUGAGAUCAUUGCAAGAGAGAAAGAAUGUAGGGGCUAAUGGUAUAGGCUAUCAAGGCAACAAAGAACAAGCACCUAGUGACCUUUUAGAGUUUCUUCAUUCACAAAUUGACAAAGCUGAAGUUAGCAUAGGAGCCAAACUACCUAGCGAGUAUGGGGUCAUUCCCUUUGAAAGUUUUACCUUAAUGAAAGUAUUCCAGUUGGAAAUGGGUCUUACCCGCCAUCCAGAGGAAAAGCCAGUUAGAAAAGAUAAACGAGACGAAUUGGUAGAAGUUAUUGAAGCCGGCCUAGAGGUCAUUAAUAAUCCUGAUGAAGAUGAUGAACAGGAAGAUGAAGAUGGUCCCCUUGGAGAGAAACUGAUAUUUAAUGAAAAUGACUUCAUAGAAGGUUAUUAUCGCACGGAGAGAGAUAAGGGCACACAGUAUGAACUCUUUUUUAAGAAAGCAGACCUUAUGGAAUAUAGACAUGUGACCCUCUUCCGCCCUUUUGGACCUCUCAUGAAAGUGAAGAGUGAGAUGAUUGACAUUACUAGAUCAAUUAUUAACAUCAUUGUGCCUCUCGCUGAAAGGACUGAAGCAUUUGCACAGUUUAUGCAGAACUUCAGGGAUGUGUGUAUUCAUCAGGACAAGAGAAUCCAUCUCACAGUGGUGUAUUUUGGUAAAGAAGGACUAUCUAAAGUCAAGUCUAUCCUGGAAUCUGUCACAAGUGAGUCUAAUUUUCACAAUUACACCUUGGUCUCAUUGAAUGAAGAAUUUAAUCGUGGACGAGGACUAAAUGUGGGUGCCCGAGCUUGGGACAAGGGCGAGGUCUUGAUGUUUUUCUGUGAUGUUGAUAUAUAUUUCUCAGCCGAGUUCCUUAACAGCUGCCGGUUAAAUGCUGAGCCAGGUAAGAAGGUGUUUUACCCUGUGGUAUUCAGUCUUUACAACCCUGCCAUUGUUUAUGCCAAUCAGGAUGUACCCCCACCUGUGGAACAGCAGCUGGUUCACAAAAAGGAUUCUGGCUUUUGGCGAGAUUUUGGCUUUGGAAUGACUUGUCAGUAUCGAUCAGAUUUCCUGACCAUUGGUGGAUUUGACAUGGAAGUAAAAGGUUGGGGUGGAGAAGAUGUUCAUCUUUAUCGAAAAUACUUACAUGGUGACCUGAUUGUGAUUCGGACUCCAGUUCCUGGCCUUUUCCACCUCUGGCAUGAGAAGCGCUGCGCUGAUGAGUUGACCCCUGAGCAGUACCGCAUGUGCAUCCAGUCCAAAGCCAUGAACGAGGCCUCUCACUCGCACCUGGGAAUGCUGGUUUUCAGGGAGGAGAUAGAGACACAUCUUCACAAACAGGCCUAUAGGACAAAUAGCGAAGCUGUUGGUUAAUGUAAUCAUGGACGUGUUAGUCUGAACCGGAAGCCAGCACUAUUUAUUUAGCCUUAAUUCCAGUUCCAGAUGCAGUGCCUCUUUCAGAGAAGACGUGCUUGUCUUGCGUUCUUGCUGACAUUGCUUCAGCAAUUUAACUUGGCGUAAGAAGAAAAAACAAGUGUCGCAAUGCAAAACUUCUGUUUUGUGAGAAUACUGCACUAUGGAAUCAUUGACAAAUCAAAAUCUGGUUUUUGUUCUAAGAGUAGGUUUCUUGUUUGUUUGUUUUUUGGUCUUUUUGUCUUUUUAGGGCUGAAUUCAUGUUAUAUGGAGGUUCCC